UGGUGAUGCCGUUUCUCCAAUCAAACGGAGAGGAGAUGAAUCAAAUGUUUCUGAUGAUGCUUUCACAUCUGCUUCACUUGCAGAACUACUUGGAUCCCACCUCUUCUCUCUUCUCAUCAGAUGCUACUUCCUUCUCAACCUCUUCCACCACCUCGUUUUCCUCGCUUCUUAACUCCUCCUCUGCCGCCCCUCUUCUUUUCUUCACAAUUGCAUCAGUCCUCUCCUUCGUUGCUGGAUCUCGGCCGUCCUUAUCAUCUUCCUCUCCUUCCUCACGAUCUCCAUCUCGCUCUCGCUCAUCUUCCCCAUCCGAUCAUUCCCUCUCGGCCUUCCGAGCCCUCUCUACUGAGCUCAUCUGGUCCAUGGAUGCCCCUGUCCGUGAUGCGCAAUGGCGUAGGUCCUAUGGCCUUUCCUAUCCUGUCUUUACUACCGUUGUUGAUAAGCUCAAGCCCCACAUAGCCGAGUCGAACCUCUCCCUCCCACCUGAUUAUGCUGUUGCUAUGGUUCUCUCCCGUCUAUGUCAUGGCCUAUCUUCGAAAACCCUUGCCAAACGCUACUCUUUAGACACAUAUCUCGUUUCCAAGAUUACUAACAUGGUCACUCGUCUCCUGUCAACCAAGCUUUACCCUGAAUUCAUCAAGAUCCCUGCUGGUCGCCGACGCCUUCAUGAGACCACUCAGGCAUUUGAAGAGCUCACUUCUCUGCCUAAUAUGUGUGGUGCUAUUGAUUCUACUCCUAUUCGGCUGUGUCGCCUCCCUACUGAUGUUACCGACCCUUCAUCUUAUCAUUGUCGGAGUGGUUUCCCUGCCAUUCAGCUCCAGGUGGUAGCGGACCAUAAGAAGAUCUUUUGGGAUGUUUGCGUCAAGGCUCCAGGGAGUGUCGAUGACGCCACUCAUUUUAGAGAUAGUGCCCUCUACAAUAAGCUCAUGUCUGGUGACGUCGUGUGGGAUCAAGUCGUCAAUGUGAGGGGACAUCCCGUGAGGCCCUACAUAGUUGGGGAUUGGUGUUUCCCACUGCUCUCCUUCCUUUUAACCCCAUUCUCCGGUAAUAACAGGGGUUCCCCGGCCCAGAACGCAUUCGAUGCUGCCUUAAUGAAGGGUAGGUCAGCUGCUGUCAAAGCCAUUGAACUCCUCAAAGGGAGGUGGAAAAUUUUGCAGAAUCUGAACGUCGGUCUACAUCAUGCUCCUCAAACCAUUGUGGCUUGUUGUGUGUUACAUAAUCUGUGUCAGAUUGCGAGGGAGCCCGAACCCGAAUAUUUCAAGGAGCCAGAGGAAAGUGGGUCUACCCCACGAGUGUUGGACAUCGAGAGAUCAUUUUACUAUUAUGGUGAAAACUUGAGGCAAACGUUGGCUGACGAUCUGCAGCGACGAUUGCCAUCUAGAUGAAACGUAGGCGUAUGAAGUUUACAGCUUCUAAGAGGGUAGGCAGAUUGUAUCAGUAGUAGUGAAUAUUCUCAUGAACUCAUCUUUAUAUAAGGUUGCUUGUAAUGCCUUAAAAAUUAUUCUAUCAGUUUAAAGCAUUCCUUAAAGCU